AUGUAUUAUGGACGGAGGUAUUUGAGAGUUGCGUUAGCGGCGUCGGCAGUAUCAGUCAUUUUAUUAGUGAUAUUUGUACUGGCGUCAAGGAAAUAUAGUUUUGAUGCUUUUGGUUAUAAUUCGAGCCAACUGGUUAACCCUACAUUCAAUUCGAAAACCAAAGGAAGUUCGUUCUUGAGUAAAAUAAGCUCGUUGUAUUCAAAGGAUGGUGAUAAGCAGAUGUUGAUAGACAAGUUUCCCCUUGAUACUUCGUUGACAGACAACGCGUUGUAUUCGAUGAUGAAAAUGAAAACAUACAGUGACCCGGCUCCUUAUGUGUUGGGCAAACCUACAGACUUCGAGAUCACGGAAGAGGAUAUGUGCAAGCGGUUGGAAUACGCGUCUGAGUUUGAAGUCAGCAAACAAAUGUAUCUUAAUGCCGACUACGAAAAGGUCCAAAAGGCGUUAAAGGCGAGCCUGGAGUACAGCAAGUUGAUCGAACAGGCCAACAAGCAGUUCAAACCUACUAUUCCGGUGGAACACCGGUGGUUUAGAUUUGGAGGUGCUUCGGUGUGGUUACCGCAAUACGAACUUCAUUACAUGGUCAGCAGGGUUCUCUACACCCCAUCAGGUAUACCGAACAAGUCGUUUGUGAGUUUCCUUUAUAUUCAGUUGUUUGAUAAAAAUUGGGUAGAAAUGGACGAGACCACCUUGACUGUCCCAUACGAGAAGAAAAUCAUGAAGAGUGUGACCAACGCCGAUGGUUCGGUUACGGAAGCUCUUCUUGAAACCAAGUUGGGAUCGAGAGAAAUCACGUAUCCAAGCUUCUUACCGAUCUCUUUUGAUGUUCAAAUGCAAGUGCCAAGUGGAAAGUACUACUUUGGUCCUGAAGACCCUAGAAUUUUAUUGAGAAAGAAUUCGUUGGGAUUCGAGGAGCCAUUAAUCGUGUUCAACAUGAAAAAUAACGUGUUAGCUAAACGUCUUAUGUACUUGUAUCUUCCAUUUUCGAACCACUUACAAUAUUUAAAGAAGAGAUCGGAACCAUAUGCGUACGUCGAGAAGAAUUGGACUCCUUUCAUCAGCAAAGCAACCCCCGAAAAGGUUAACUUCAUUUACUCCAUCGACCCAUUGGAAGUGCUCACUUGUGACGUUCAAACGGCCACUUGUGAUUUCUUGCAGAAGGCACUGAAGGAGGACUUCAAUUAUGUUGGGCCGUUGAGAGGGGGUACUCAAUUAGUUCAUUUACCAUUCGACGACCUCAUGCCAGACCACAUUUUAGACAAAUUUAAGUUGCCUAAAAACAGAAAAAUUUAUAUAGGUUGGGCUAGAGCGCAUCUCAACAAAUGUGGCUGUGGUGAGUCGAUGUACAGACCUAACAUGGUUAUCUUGGUUGAAGACUUCAAUCCCGAAGAAAACAGGUUCUACUACAAAUUAAGUGACGUUUCCGAAUACAUUGAUUUCAAUGCCCAUGUGCCUCCUUGGACCACCCCCAAGUUAGACGAAAAUGGAAAUUUGAUUGAAGACACCUCCGUGAAUGAUUGUGCUGGUAGAAACGUCCUCAUUCCAAAUUCGAUCGCAUACUGGGAAAUAGAAUCCGUUGUCAAGGACACCACCCUGUACCUGCGUAAGUUCUUCGAAAGAAUACCUACAGACGAGGAAAUUAUCGAUUCUCAUGCUCACAAAGUUACCAAGCACACCCCGAGAGACACUGCAGCUGUAGGCGUUUCAUUCAACGAUUACAUGGGUGUCACUUUGUCUGCUGCAGAUAGUGAUGUCAGUAUCGUUCAUAUAAGGGGCUUGUUGAAUUACAUAUUGCAUUUGCCCUCGUUGUUCGAUGAAUCUACGAUGGUCUUGGGCAUUUCAAAAUUCCAACCUAGGGGUUAUGAUGUGAAUAAUAGGUGUGCCAUGUCUGCCAGUAGAAGAUACUGUAUUAGUUAUGCAGAGAGCCAUGGAGGUGUGACUAACUACUAG